AGCUUGUAAUAUUGCGAGCUACCUUUAGCUGGGCUAAUUCUGGACGAGAACGAGUCACGUCACACGUCUGUGUCGGUCGGAGUCCAGUGGUUGGGAGACGCUUGAAAUUUUAUAUUGAUUCUUCGUACCACCCUUUGAUUUUUCUUUUUUCUUUUCUUUUUUUUUUCUUCUUUCCCACCCUUAUGCAAGACCCGAUUUGCUCGUAAGUCCACGUCUUUUGAUUGCCCACUUACUGCGUACCUUAGUAUGCCGUCUUCCGUAAUCGAUCCUGGAAUGUUGCCCCGUACUCUAAAAACGGGCGGUAUCUGUCAUCGACUAUAUUCAGCCAUGAAGCCAUGCUCACAAAGCUAAUAUGUUUCGUCGUAUAGCUUUUCUGGGCCGCAAGGCCGGUGAUCAAGGGCACACUGAAGAUAUGUCACCAUCACCUGGAGAUGAUGCUUCGUCGCCCCAGGAUUCCAAGGGCAGCAGCGGGCUCGCCAGUGUCUUCAAGGGCCUUGCAGGUGCUGCCAAGUUGACUAAGUCUCCCCCGGCUCCCGUACAAUCAUCUGGUCCCUCUAUUAGCGUACAGAUCGCCGAACGCCGUAGUGCUACGCCAAACAUCCUCCGUGGCAUACCAUCCCAGCAUGCCGAAACUUUCGAGCUGCUGAAGAAUGGGUCGAUGACCCAGCGAGUCGUGGCAGCUGAUGCACUGCGCCAUACUGUUGCAGAUUAUCCUCUAAGUCCAGUUUUGGAUAUCUGGUACGCUGCUAAAGAUCUGGUCGAUCCUACCAAUCCCAAGUCGGUUCGCUAUUCCGGUUGGGAACUCUUGAGGGAAUGCGUGAAGCAUACCUCCUCGACAGAUUUAGAGCGUAACGAGUACUUCCAGACCAUAUCUGCCCAGGCCAACCCGGAAGAUUUUCACUUGCAGCUCGCAGCCCUUGUCGAUUUAACGAACCACGCGCGAAAUCUGUCUGGGUUCGAUUACGAUGUGUUCCCAUUAUUGUCUCGGUGGCUUGAGGAGGCAUUCGAGGCAGUACGAGCGGCGAGAGGUGCAGCGAAGAAGCAAGGGUCACGGAUGAAGGGGAAAGCGCUAGCGACCGGCGAGGAUAGAAACUUUACGGACCUAUUUAGUUUCAUUACGGACGUCAUCAAGUUCAAUUUCAGCGUUGCCGACGAUGACGCUGCGGAAGUUUUGAUCGACAGGUUACUGGAUAUUUGCAUGAAUACUAGUGUCGAAGAGGAUCUACAGGCGUGUAUUGGCGUUAUGGAUGCUAUUGUGACGUUUGGGGCGAUUCCUGCGGAAAAGUUGAAGAGCUGCGUUCACGUUCUCUGCUCUAUACAUUGCCUCGUUCCUAGCCUACAAAAAGAUGCGUGGCAUACCAUGAGCAUGUUGUGUCGGUCGCACAAUGGACAUGCUACUGUGAGGCUACUUCUUGAUGUUUUGGCGAGUCUGCCGGAGGACGCCGACAAGAAAAAAGAGGUCGUUCGUGAGGUUAGGGGCGCCCUGUCGGUCCUCACCAAACUUGUGUCGAAGAGUUCCGAGAAGGGAUAUCCGGCAGUUCCCUAUGUCCUUUUGGUCGAUGGCCUGUCUACAGUGGUACAUGCUACGCCUGCUUGGAAAAUACACCUCGAUAUCUUGCGAUUAACGAACUCAUUAUUUUGCGACAGCCAGGGUAAUAUUAAUAGUAUGCUGGCCGAUGAAGAUUGGACACCUGUUUUCGAAGUCGUGGUCACAUGUGCCAAUGCUAUUAUCGCGUCCCUUACCAAAACUGAGAGUCGCAUCGAAUCACUUUUAGACCUAGAAGAAGAAGAGAGCGAUUCCGCGGAGAGUAUGCUGGCUCAGGAAUUGAUAAAGCUAAUACGUCGACUCGAGAGCAUACUCUCAGAUGAAUCCCCUCCUAUCGCCCAAAAGCAAAACGAUGCAUCUCAAGAUCAUACGGAUGCAGACAUUCAGAAAUUGGAGGUUGUACAACCGGAGCAGCCUAAUGCUCUUGUCCAAAGGCAAGAUUGUAUUGUAUUCUUUACAAAAAUCCAUCGCUGUCUUCCUGACUCCGGGGCAACGCUGAUACUUGAAUAUUUCAAGAAAUUCCGAUGUUGCUCGCCCUCAGAUCCUCUUUGGGAGACGAACUUGAACCUAGUAUUGGAUGCGUUUUUGGCAGAUAGAAAACGAUCAACUGAUGUGCGUUUGCGCGCUUUGCAGGCCUUUACGGAGGUCUACGACAUGAUUGAACUCAUUAACGACCAAUUCGAGCCGGACUUCAUCCCAGAAUUAGUGAAGCGUCUAUUAGCAGAUGUAGCGGGGGAGGCGGAUAUCGUAUUACUCCAAAAUAUUGUGUCGUUUGCUGUUGGUGUUGCUAGCACGGCAUCCCUCUCCCUUUUCUCUUACAUUGUCGAUACGCUUCGAGGAGUAAUAGGGAACAGCCGACUGCGUUCGAUAUCUUCCACGCUUUCCCUCCCCCCGGAGCCAACGUCAACUCCCCAGCAUAUAAAAGCAACUGCGAAUCAAACUCCUUCAAGUGUAGUUGUCCGAGGUUACGUGCAAAUAUUCUUACGAGUUCUAAACUACGAUGCGACCAAGUCAGUGCGGCUAUUCCGUAUUCUCGUAUCAAUAGCGGAGUCGAACUCCAGCGAGACGGAUGCUCGCAUUGCCGCGAUGCAGUUGCUAUUUCGUUUGCGAGCCGAUUGGGCUAAUCGUAUAUUUGUCACUUCUCAUUUCGAGACAGCCAGCCUCGCUAGGUCCUUAUAUCGAACGGAGGAGUCACUGGCGCGCAGAACUUCUGAAGAAACUUCAUACCUCGGAAGAAUUUCGCGGAGCGAGACCACUGGUUCUGCUCGCUCAUCACGAGGCAUAUCCCUCGGGCAUGGCCAGUUGCAAGAUCGAGGUUAUCCGUUAAGGUCGGGAAGUGGCAGCAAAAUAGCCCCAAGCGCGUAUCAACCCCUAUGGAUCGCCUCCGACACAGAUGCUUUACCUGAAACCCCGUCUCAAGCUGCAAGCAUGGUCCUUUAUUGCAGCGCUUCUGAUGACACUGCUGAAGUGGAUGGGCAGUCGCCGGUAGAGGUUCUGGAGAUCCGAAUAUGGCUUGAAGUGGUACUUAACUUAGUGCGACAAGGCUGUGAUUGGGAAGUUUACAGCUUCAUCCUUGUUCAUUUGCCCUCUCAAUUGAGCAACCAUGCCAUCUUCCGAAAUACCACAGCGGAGCUUCAGGAAUUGAGACGGGUGAUUUGCGAGCAGAUCAAAUCCAAUAACUUCCAGGAACCUCCAAACAUCUUAGGAUUGCGCCGAGCAGAUGUAGCUAUCUGCCUUUUCCACAGCUUAACUAUGAUUCUUAGUUACCAUCAAUAUUUCCAGAAGGCGGAAGAAGACGAGAUUGUUCGCACAUUUGUCCAUGGAAUAGCGACGUGGGAACGAAGUGCGAAAUGCUGCAUACACGCUCUUACUAUAUGUUGCCAUGAACUCCCUUCCUCGACGGGCAAGGCCUUAGUCACAAUAUUACAGAAGAUGUCGCAGAUUAUCACUCAGCCAUAUGUUGCCAUGCACAUUCUAGAGUUCUUAGCUUGUCUCAGCAGGCUACCCUCCCUUUACGCGAAUUUCCGGGAAGACGAGUAUCGGAUUGUCUUUGGAAUUUGUUUCCGAUACCUACAAUACGUUCGAGGCAAGAGGCAAGCGGCCAGGAUGUGUUCGAUCAGCGACUCGUCGGCGCCAGGGAUAGGCGAGGCUCAGUUCAAUCCCAAUGCUUCGGAUGACUUACCUCAGUAUGUCUAUACUCUAGCGUAUCACGUCAUUGUGUUCUGGUUCCUAGCCCUGAAGCUCCCAGACCGCACGAACCAUGUUGGAUGGAUUGCGAGAAACUUAUUUAUAGAUGUUGAUGGGUCUCAAGCUUCGGAUGAGCAAGCACAUCUUACCAUGGACUUCAUUCAGAAGGUUACAUAUGCUGAUAUCGAUGAAUCUGCGGCGGACCCUUUAUUUACUCGCGAUAGGUUCGGAGAAAUACUUAAGAAGAGAUGGUUAAUUGGUAAUAGUAUCGUUACGAUCGAGCAGGCUACGGCUACGGGUUGGGCACAAAUUACUAAACGCCAGCCAUCUGGAACCUCGUCGUAUACGAUCCGAGAGUUGUUCAAACCACCCCCGGCACAUCAGCGUUCUAUGAGCGAGAGCACUAGGGACGGCCAUACAGGACCUGUGAAUAAUGUCCUACCCAACCAUAUACUAGUACAACUUUUGUCCUCUAUGCCGCAAGGAAAUGAUCUUUCACGCCCUAUUCCACUACCUGACGACGAGGUAGUCAACAGAGCCAUUAGGAUGUUCGACCAUAAUCCAACAGUAGAUGGCCACAAGGUUGGCGUAAUAUACAUUGGAGAGAACCAAACGGAAGAAAAGGACAUUCUGGCUAAUAUAUCUGGAAGUGGAGACUACAUGGAAUUCCUUAACGGCCUCGGCACAUUGACCAAGCUCAACGGUGCAACGUUCAAUACGCAAGGCCUGGAUAGGCAGUAUGAUACCGAUGGGCAAUAUACGUUUUGCUGGAGGGACCGGGUGACGGAGAUUGUGUUUCACGUCACCACCCAGAUGCCAACAAAUCUAGAUCACGAUCCACAAUGUACCUUGAAGAAGCGCCACAUCGGGAACGAUUUCGUCAAUAUUAUUUUUAACGACUCUGGUUUGCCCUUCAAGUUCGACACGUUCCCAUCAGAAUUCAAUUUCGUCAACAUAGUCAUCACACCCGAAUCCCGCGCCUCUUUCGUCGCUACUAGGCAGAGAACGCCGAAUGACGUGGCAGGGUCUUACUACAAGGUCCGCGUGAUGAGCAAGCCCGGGUUCCCAGAAAUCUCACCUGCUUCCGAGACCAAGAUCGUCAGCCUGCGGGCGUUACCCGAAUUCAUCCGGCUGCUGGCGCUGAACGCGUCAGUCUUCUCGCUGGUGUGGGCCCACCGCGAGGGCGGUGAGCACGUCUCCGCUUGGCGCAAUCGGCUGAGGGAGAUCAAGAGGCUCCGCGACAAGUACGGCCCGAAGGCGAUGGUGGUGCCCCAGGGACCAGGUGGUGGCCCGUCGCCCUCGCCGCCGGGAACCGCCCUCGGUCACGGUCACGGUAACCCAACCGCGCUUAGCAGCACGGUCGCCCAAUUGGACGCCAUGAGGUCGGGUAACGCGGUUCGCGACAGCUUCAGUAGCCUCCGCCGAUCUUCCGUCGCCACCUUCUUCUCCGGCUCCAGCGAACAGACCUCUCAUCGCUCCUCCAUGCUGUCGACCGCUCCCACGGACAACACCGAGGUCAUGACGGUCAACGGCGUGGACGCCCUCGUCGACAGUGUCGACUUUUCGAAGUGGUCGGCAUAGCCGUUGUGCAAUAAACCGCUGUAUUUAUUUUCUUUGAAGAGAGAGGGGGGGU